AGAAGCUCAAAAACAUGGAGGGGGGAAGAAGAAGACGCCGCCGCCGCCGACGACGACCGACCCAACAACCCUUUCGAUGCCCUCACCGAAGAGAUCAUCCACCUCAUCCUCGACCGCCUCGGCGACGACGACCCUCUUGCCCACAAGUCCUUCUCCCUCGCCUGUAAGUCCUUCCUCUCCGCCGAGUCUCGCCACCGCAGGUCCCUCAGGCCCCGGUGCUCCGACCUCCUCCCUCUGAUCCCUCGCCGCUACCCCUUCAUCUCGCGGCUCGAUCUCUCGCUCUGUCCCCGCGUCGACGACGAGGCGCUGGCCGCGCUCGCUCGCUCCUGGAGCUCCACCCUCAGAUCCGUGGAUCUGUCCCGGUCCAGGUUCUUCGGCCACGCGGGGCUGUCGAGCCUGGUCGCGAAUUGCGCCGGCCUGGUCGAGGUGGACCUGUCGAACGCGACGCAGCUGACGGACGGGGCGGCCAAGGCGAUCGCCGAGGCCAAGAACCUGGAGAGGCUGAGGAUGGGGAGGUGCAAGCUGAUCACGGACAUGGGGGUCGGGUGCAUCGCUGUCGGGUGCAGGAAGCUGACCUUGCUCUGCUUGAAGUGGUGUUUGCGGGUCAGCGAUCUGGGAGUCGGGUUGAUUGCGAUGAAGUGCGCGGACAUGCGGAGUUUGGAUCUAUCUUACUUGCCGAUCACAGAGAAGUCUCUGCAGCCUGUCUUGAAACUACGAAAUCUAGAAGAGUUGAUUCUUGAAGGAUGUCCUGGUGUACAUGAUGAUGGACUUGCUACCCUCAAAGAGAGUUGCCCAUCACUGAAGGUACUUAAUCUGUCAAACUGCCAGAAUGUGAGUUAUGUAGGUUUGUCUUCCUUGACGAGUGAAGCUCAGUGUCUGCAGCAGCUUAUCUUAUCCUAUGGUUCUCCUGUGACUGCUGACCUAGGAAAGAGUCUGCACAAGUUUUCGGGUCUGCAAGUGGUUCGACUGGAUGCUUGUAUGGUUACAUGUUCUGGGAUGAAAGCAAUGGUGAACUGGAGCGCAUGCCUGAAGGAGCUAAGCUUAAGCAAGUGCGUGGGGGUAACAGAUGAUUGUCUCUCCUUACUUGUGCAAACCCAAAGAGAAUUGAGGAAGCUGGACAUCACAUGCUGCCGGAAGAUAACAUAUGCCUCGAUAAAUAGCAUAACAAGUUCAUGCUCCUCCCUCUGCUCUCUCAGGAUGGAAUUAUGUACCCUGGUAUCAACAGAUGCAUAUCUCUUGAUUGGUCAGCGUUGUCAAAAUUUGGAGGAACUUGAUCUUACAGAUAAUGACAUCGAUGAUGAAGUGCUAAUGUCCAUAUCAAGAUGCUCCAAACUUAGGAUUUUAAAACUGGGCAUUUGCUUGAAGGUCACUGAUGAUGGGCUUAAACAUAUUGGAAGACACUGCUUGAGUCUUACAGAGCUUGAUCUGUACAGGUCUAUGGGAAUAACUGAUGCUGGCAUUGCCGAAAUCGCUCUUGGUUGUCCAGCACUCGAAAUGAUUAACAUGGCUUACAAUGAAAAUGUCACAGAUGCCGCACUGAUAUCAUUGUCUAAAUGUCCAAGGCUAAAAGCUCUCGAAAUUCGAGGAUGUCCUUAUGUAUCAUCAAUUGGUCUGUCAGCUAUUGCUAGAGGAUGCAGGCGUCUUACCCUCCUCGACAUAAAGAAGUGCUACAAUAUCAAUGAUAAUGGAAUGCUUUCACUGGCCCAAUUUUCCCCAAAUCUCAGACAGAUAAAUUUGUCAUACUGCUCGGUCACUGACGUAGGGCUCCUAGCACUGGCCAGCAUCAAUUGCCUGCAGAUCAUGACUAUCUUGCAUGUGGCAGGAUUGACACAAAGUGGUCUCGCAGCUGCUCUGUUGGCUUGUAGAUGUUUAUUGAAAGUUAAGCUUCACAUGUCCUUUAAAUCCUCAUUUCCCGAGUCUCUUAUCAGUUACAUCGAAGCCCGCGGGUGUGUCUUUCAGUGGAGAGACAAAGUGCGCCAGGUGGAAAUGGAUCCGAAGGGGUGGAAGCUCCAUAUGUCGAAGAGUCCUUACGGCGCUUGAAAGACUUUUAGUUGGCUUCUCCUUUUUGAAGUGUGUGCCAUUGUCGUCCGAGGGAGGAACACGAUGGAGUUCGUGUGUGGUGCGUGCACGCUAUGAAAGUUUUAUUUGCGGAGGAAACUCUUCAUUCUUGAUGCUUAUGCUCCCAGAUUUUUCACUUGGCUAUGAUCCUUUGUCUGGUAGUUGUCGCUCUGAUUGAGCUCCAAAAAUUUCGGGUAUCAAAUUUCACUCAAAGGAUGGAGUAUCAAACCACCCAAAAACCAACUUCCAAAAUUUUCUAUUGAAAGCACUCUUUGUAUUAUCAUCGCUAGCCGAGGAAUUGAAAAGAAUAGGAAGGAGAGCAGUGAGCAACCACAGCCUAGUGAGUUGUAAAUCUUUUAUAAGAAAAACAAGUAGCUACUAUGCACGUAUACGAAGUUGUUAUAUUGCAGUGGUUCAUCCA